AAAUAUACGGCAGUAAUUCCAUGCAACGUAUUCGGUCCACAUGACAAUUAUGACUUAGUGAAUGGGCAUGUUAUACCAGCUCUCAUCCAUAAAACAUACAUUGCUAAACGUGAUGGAACACCGCUCGAGAUUUUCGGAAGUGGCACACCGUUGCGACAAUUCAUUUAUUCACUCGAUUUGGCGCGUCUCUUCGUUUGGGUGUUGCGUGAUUAUGAGGAAAUCGAGCCAAUAAUUUUGUCGGUUGAUGAGAAAGAUGAAGUAUCAAUAAUGGAUGCGGUAGAUGCUAUCGUAAAGGCGUUCGACUUUAAGGGACAACUGUUGCAAGAUAAAUCCAAAGCGGACGGUCAAUACAAGAAGACUGCAUCGAAUGCGAAACUUCGUAAAUAUUUGCCCGACUUCAAAUUCACACCGUUCGAUCAGGCCAUAAAAGAAUCCGUUGAUUGGUUCAUCACCAAUUACGAAACGGCUCGUAAAUAG